CAAAGACGUGGGGGCUUUGAAAUUCUCAUCGCAUAAACGUAAUCUGCUUGCUUCCUUACGUUAUAUUCCUUUUCUCCUCCACUCACAAAACCCAUUUCCGUUUCACUCACCGUCUCACAUAAACUACUAAAAAAAAAAAGCAAAAAAAAAAAAAAAAGUAAUAAAAUAUAAAAAAGGAAUAUACUCGGGCACUCGUCUUCUUCAAACUUAAAGGUAAAGCCACCUUAUAAAUCACAGUAUUCCGCAUAAUAUACAUAUCUCAUCUGUGAUUUCUCUUGGUUUUAUCGCAUUUUCUCUGAUUUCUGAGCUGAGGAAGAAGGAGAAAAAUGGUGGUGUUCAACGUUUCCAAGGUCGAGACCACGCCUUUCGAUGGCCAGAAGCCUGGUACCUCCGGCCUCCGCAAGAAGGUGAAGGUUUUUGUUCAGCCUCAUUACUUGCAAAAUUUUGUUCAGUCAACCUUCAAUGCCCUCUCUGGAGAAAAAGUUAGAGGUGCAACACUUGUUGUGUCUGGUGAUGGCCGCUAUUACUCAAAGGAUGCUAUUCAGAUCAUAAUUAUGAUGGCAGCCGCCAAUGGAGUAAGACGUAUAUGGGUUGGUCAAAACGGUUUACUUUCAACUCCUGCUGUGUCAGCUGUUAUACGUGAAAGAACUGGCGUAGACGGGUCUAGGGCGUCUGGAGCAUUUAUAUUGACAGCAAGUCACAACCCUGGGGGUCCUCAUGAGGACUUUGGAAUUAAAUACAACAUGGAAAAUGGUGGACCUGCUCCUGAGGCAAUCACUGACAAGAUAUAUGAGAACACAAAAACAAUAAAGGAGUAUUUAAUUGCUGAUCUGCCUGAUGUUGACAUCUCUACAAUAGGUUUAACGAGCUUUAAUGGACCUGAAGGACAAUUUGACGUUGAGGUUUUUGAUUCUGCAAGUGAUUACAUAAAAUUGAUGAAGUCAAUUUUCGACUUUGAGUCUAUUCGGAAGCUGCUAACAUCUCCAAAAUUCACAUUCUGUUUUGAUGCUCUACAUGGAGUUGCUGGGGCUUAUGCAAAACGUAUCUUUGUAGAAGAGCUCGGUGCUCAAGAGAGCUCUCUAUUGAACUGCACGCCCAAGGAAGAUUUUGGAGGAGGACAUCCAGAUCCCAAUUUGACUUAUGCAAAAGAGUUGGUUGCUCGUAUGGGAUUGGGAAAGUCAGAUACUCAAGAAGAACCCCCAGAAUUUGGUGCCGCUGCUGAUGGUGAUGCAGACCGCAACAUGAUCCUUGGUAAAAGGUUUUUUGUUACCCCAUCGGAUUCUGUUGCCAUAAUUGCUGCAAAUGCUGUUGAUGCUAUCCCAUACUUUUCUGCUGGUCUGAAGGGAGUUGCCAGGAGCAUGCCGACAUCUGCUGCCCUUGAUGUUGUAGCUAAGCAUUUGAAUUUGAAAUUUUUUGAGGUACCUACUGGCUGGAAAUUUUUCGGUAACUUGAUGGACGCCGGAUUAUGCUCAAUUUGUGGUGAAGAAAGUUUUGGAACUGGCUCGGACCACAUUCGAGAGAAAGAUGGAAUCUGGGCAGUUUUGGCUUGGUUAUCUAUACUUGCACAUAAGAAUAAGGAAAACCUUGGUGGAGAAAAGCUUGUGACGGUUGAAAAAAUAGUUCGUCAACACUGGGCUACCUAUGGUCGCCAUUAUUACAUUCGAUACGACUAUGAGAAUGUGGACGCUGGUGCAGCGAAGGAACUAAUGGCAUACUUGGUCAAGCUGCAAUCAUCCCUUCCUGAAGUUAAUGAGAUAGUGCAUGGCGCAUGUCCAGAUGUUUCUAAGGUUGUCCAUGGUGAUGAAUUUGAAUACAAAGAUUCUGUUGAUGGCUCCAUUUCAAAGCACCAGGGUAUUCGAUACUUAUUUGAGGAUGGGUCAAGACUGGUGUUCCGCCUCUCAGGCACUGGCUCAGAAGGUGCAACCAUCCGUCUGUACAUUGAGCAGUAUGAGAAAGAUCCAUCAAAAACUGGGAGAGAUUCCCAAGAAGCACUUGCUCCUCUUGUUGAGGUUGCUAUUAAACUUUCCAAGAUGCAGGAAUUCACUGGUCGAUCUGCCCCUACCGUUAUUACAUAAAUCGAACGUUGCAGUGAGUCGAAACACUUUUCAUUUUCUUUGAAAUAAUAAUCAGGUUGGCUAAACGGCUUUGCUUAUAUAUACCUAUUGAGGAACUUUUAUGUUGAUUUGAUGCUCCCAAUGAUCUUUCCACAUGUGCUGCCGAGUCAUGCGGUUUUUUCCUGCAAACCCAACGAGUGUGUUGUGGACUUAAAACUUGUGAUAUAAUUUUUGGUUCAAUAAGUAAUGUGAAUGUUGUCAUAAAACUUGGCCAUUGAUAUUUUAAUCUUGCCCGAGCUUUUUAUAA